AUGUUGUUCACCAAGCCCAGUGUGGUUGCUGCAUCGGUGCUCUCGGCCUCGAUGGCCCAGGCACACAUGAUCAUGGACCACCCGGUCCCUUACGGGAAAUCCACCCUCAACAACUCGCCCUUGGCUGCGGACGGCAGCGACUUCCCCUGUAAGCAGCGCGACGGGGUGUAUGACUGGCCCGCCGCGGACGAGAUGAACUAUUUCGAGACUGGGGUGUCUCAGGUGCUGAACUUCACCGGCAUCGCCGUCCACGGUGGCGGUUCCUGCCAGGUGAGUUUGACCACAGACAUGCAGCCCUCCAAGGACACCGUCUGGCAGGUCAUCAAGUCUUUUGAGGGGGGCUGUCCAGCCAACGUGGAUGGCAAUCUGGACGGUGACGCCUCGACUCCGGACCCCUACCAGUUCAACUUCACUAUCCCGGCCGACUUUUCGGCUGGCAACUACACGCUGGCGUGGACCUGGUUCAACCGCGUCGGGGCCCGCGAGAUGUACAUGAACUGCGCCCCGAUCACCGUCAUGGACAGCGCGGCCCAGAAACGCUCCGUCGCCAAGCGCAGCAGCUACCCUGACCUUUUCGUGGCCAACAUCAACGGCUGCACCACGACCGAGGGUGUGGACAUCCGCUUCCCCAACCCCGGCGAUGUGAUUGAGUACGACGGCGAGGCCUCUCGUCUUGCGGCCACGGAUGCGGCUGCCUGCACGGGAGUGUCCACUGCGUGGGGAAGCAGCGCUGCGACCGCGGCUGCAUCUGUCUCGUCCACGACCACUACUGCUGCUAAGAUCACUGCCACUGCUCCCGUUGUCGCGGUGGAAACAUCGGCUGCGACUUCGUCCGUGGACAACUCCGCUGCUAUCACCACCGCCGCUGCCCCCGCUGCUACGAUGACCGCAGGCCGCCCCAACGGACACCAACAGAACGCCGUGGCAACCACUUCCACCGCUACCGCCAGCUCUGCCACUGGCACUGCCCUCUCUGGCGUUCUCAGCGGCGCCUGCAGCCCCGAGGGAUCCUGGUGGUGCAACGCCGGCACUUCUUUCCAGCGCUGCGCCAACGGAGUCUGGACUCCUUCCCAGGAUAUGGCGCCCGGCACGGUCUGCACGGCGGGCCAGUCGUCUGAUCUCACAAUCUCGCUUGCUAAGAGCCGCCGUGAUGAGCAGCGUAUGCGUCGUCGUCAGAUUGCUUAG